CCUAAGCCCUAAAGCCCUAACCCCUCGGCCUUUCCAGCGCUCGUCCUCACGUCUUCUGCUCGCAAUGCUGUACUCGCUCCCAGCGCUCCUCCUCGCGUUUGCGUCGCAACCCGAGCCGUGCCCCGAGCCGAUCGUCUGCCCAACGUGCCCUGUGCUCCCCGAGGAAGCGACGUGCCAGGCUGGCGACGGGCGCCGCCGCCUCGCCCUCGCGUCUACCAACGAGUACCUGACGGCGCCGAGGGACCACGUCUUCACGCCCGAGCACAUGUCGAACCCAAGCGCAUACGAGCCGGCGCGCCAGACGUGCGCGAUGGUCAAGACGGGCUACGACAUGCACUGCUGCAACGCCUCGGCCGAGGAGCCCUUCAAUCCCGUCUCGACCAUCACCGACUUCAACUGCUUCGUGGAGGCGGGCGCCCACAUCGUCCACGCCGAGGGCUUCUCUGGCGCCAAGAUCGACUCGCUCCUCACCGCCUCGGAGUGCACGCACCACGAUCCCCUCUUCAACUGGCAGCUCAGCCCGCGCCACCCGGAGGGAGACUUCUGCUACGUCGGCUCGUUUGACGGCCUCAACGCGAUGCCCAUCCUCGGCAACGGCAUGAUGCAGACGAUGGCCACCGGCAAAUCGUACAUGCGCACCUUCAUCAACACCGAGAUCCGCGGGCAAGUCGGCGCCCAGUCUGCGCAGUGGGCCAUCUCCACCUCCGAGGACAAGGGCGGCUUCGGCGAGCUCCCGCCCGCCCCCGAGGACAUCCUCAUCAUGCACGGGGCGAUGGAGCAGUUCGCCGACCUCGACCGCGAGACGCUCGAGGUCGUCAACGGCGGGCAGACCGUCAAGAAGGUCUUCACCGCCCGCGGCUUCCCCUACAACACGGUCAUCCCGCCGACCGCCACCUCCGAGGCCGCGUACACGAUCGUCAAGAAGCACUCCGACCUGCACAUCAACGUGAAGAACUCGCUCAAGAACCCCGACGGCACGUACACCGUCGUCACCGAGCCGAACGAGCCGUUCUGCCCCGCGUCGCCGCUCGACCCGGUCCCCGAGGGCACCGAUCUGCGCUUCUGCGGCCUGUACGGCCACUGCGGCUCCAAGAUCUCCUACAAGCACGAGUACUCGUACACCGUGGACGGCGUGCCAGCCUACGGCGCGGCGGAGGGCGUCGGCUCGGAGGACGAAUUUGUGCUCGUCGCGCAGGAAGGCGGCGCGUCCUUCAACCCGCCCGCCGGCUCGUCCCCCUCCGCUCCCACCGGCACCGUGCAGAUCCUCGACGUGCGCCGUGGCCACUGGUACCAGCUGCCGCACCUCAGCGUCGGCACCAUCGAGAUGGCCUUCACCAUCUCCACCGGCCACCCCGACUACAUCGCCAUCGGCAUCGAGGACUACGGUGACUCCUCGUGCGGCUCCGGCUGGACGGUCUGGCUCGGCAAGAAGGACAAGACGUCGCCCCACUUCCUGGACCGCAACGGGCUCGGCAUCAACCAGGGCCGCCUCUACCGCUUCGUCGCCGCCAACGGCGAGACCGACAUGGCAACCUUCGUCAACUGGCCCGCGUCGGGCGCCUUCGAGUACCCGCAGGUCGACCUCCCUGGCACGCUCGAGCCGAUCGACGCCAUGUUCGACGGCCGGUACGGCGAGUUCGAGGACGGAUACGAGUGGACGCGCCCGUCCACAAACUGCGCCAUGACCGUCUCGGGCAAGACGCCGCUGCGCAUGACGGGCGUGUCAAAGCAGGAGUGGGGCGGCACCAACCCGGACAAGCCCAACCAGUGGGCCAUCGCCGAGACGGGCCUCGGAAAGACCAAGACCACGGACGGCGAGCCGAAGUGGGACAAGUCGACCCUGCCGCUCGGCAGCGACCGCGCGUCGACGCUCAUCUUCCUCGAGGCGGAGUUCAAGGCGGCGCUCGACGCGCUCGACAGCGUCGUCGUGCGCGAGGGCGGCGUCGCCUCGCGCAACGGCUCGCCGCUCCCCGAGUCGAUCUCCGCAAAAGUUUACCACAUCAUGGCGGACCAGGUGGUGAUGGGUCCGCAGCGCGAGGCGGGCCUCUCGUACGUCGACUCCCUCUACUGGGGCAAGGGCGACAACGUCUUCUUCGCCGAGGACUCGAACGCGCCUGGCGGCUACAACAUCGCCGGCAUCUACAACCUCGAAACGCGCAAGACGGUCACCAUCGCCGGAGCCAUCGGCGACGACAACGUCAAGUUCAACAACGUGGCCAACGUGCCGGCCGGCUCGAUCCACCGGCGCUCCGACCAAGAGCUGACCGGCUGGUUCGACGCGUCGGCCUCGCUCACCUGCGACGUGGACGCCUCCACCGGCACGUGCUCGCCCCAAGAGAUGUACGACACGCAGACCUCCAAGCACAUGAUCCUCAACAACCAGAUGAAGGGCUACGGCGAGGGCUGCAUGGACUACGGGUUCUACUACACGGCGCAAAUGAUGUACAUCGCCAUCCCCGAGUUCGACUGGGCGACGACCACCCUCGCCGCGCCGACGCCGGAAGGCUCGCGCCGCCGCAAGCUCGAGCUCGCCGAGAAGAAGAAGUUUGAGAAGCAGCCGCGCCGCCGCAAGCUCUUUGAGGAGUGCACCGAAGACCUGGAGGGCGCGUGGACCGACGACGACGAGUUCCAGGAGUGCCAGCUUCACUAGGCUGCGCUGCCCGACCGCCCCCGCGCUUCCUGCCGCGUCCAAGAGUCGCAAGCACACGCGCCCCUGUCGCUCGCGCUUCUCUGGAGAGCGCGCGCAGAGGCUCGCCUCGAUGACGCGGCGUGGAGAUAGUGCCCCCCCCCCCCCUAGCUUGGGGCGAGUGCCCCUACUUAGGAGUGCCCGUGCCGUUCCCGAUUUGGAGCAUGCGGUUCGCCGCUUCCGCUCUCUGCUGGGAUAGUGUUCGUCGAGCCGCUUUUGCCCCCCCUCCCCCGGCCUGGAGCAUGCUCUUGAUGUCCGCCUCUGCUCUCCGCCUGCGCGGCGCCCUUCCUGUAGAGUACACGUGUCACACGUUUGACAAACGAUUAUUGAGCCGCGUGCGACAGCGUCAGGCCAGCGCUUCGGUUCGCGGUUCGCAGUGUGCAGAGAGGCUUACACGUGGGACACACUUAUACUCGUACGGUGAUUUCGCGCGGCUGGCUGCUUGCCCCUCGCGUCCCUCAGGGGGGGGCGAGGACCGAGCGCACCGCGUCGGCGUCGAGCGCGACUCCGGCGUCUGCCGCCCGGCGCAACGGCUCGUCGACGCUGUUGGCGCCAAUCAAAUGCCAGGCUGUCGUCUGUGCGCGCUGCCCGAUGCGCUCAACACGCGCCCUGGCCUGCGACUCGAGCAGCACCGAGGAGAGCACGUCCACGAAGACGACGUGCUGCGCGCAGGUGAGCGUGAGGCCCGCGGCAGCGGGGCCCGCCUCGAGCACGAUGGCGGAGCACGAUGGCUCGGUCUGGAAGACGUCGACCGCCCGCCCCGCCGACAGCCUCUCGCGCCACUCCUUGGGCCACCACUUGCCGCCGCCGCCCUCCUUGAGAGAGACGGUGCCGACGCCGCGCUGCCGCAGCAGCGCCCCGAUCAGUGGGACUGCCUCGGCGAACCGCGUAAAGACCACCGCCUUCUCGCCCGCGGCAACCACGUGCUCCUUAAGCAGCUUUGCCAGAGCCAGCAGCUUGCUGCUCCCGCCGAGCACCUCCCAGCCACGGCGCUCGCCGCCACUGACACAAGCGUUCGCGCUGGCGUCGGCCAGCGCCUUGAUGCGUGCGUAGCGUGCGCGGUGCCGCUCCACGCGCCGCAGCAGCUCGGCCCGCGUCUUCUCCUCGCUCAGCUCGCGCCCAAGACGGCUGGCCUGUAGCAGGGGGGGCG